AUGACAUGGUCAUUGAUACGGAGAGGACGCACUGCUAGUAUCAUCCACAAACUACCAUUACGAAAUCUUUGGACUACAACCACUUUUACUGGACCGAAUUCAUUAAAGGAAUCAACGAUUACGGACUUUUGUUGUAAUCGUAUUGGUGCUGGUAAAUCACCAGCAUUAGCCAUAUUACUAGUCAAUCCUCAUGUUCCAGCAUCACAGAUUGAGAUUCUUCCUCGGUUGGUUAUGAAUGCACUGAAUCCAGAUUCUUUGAUUGGUGCUGUGGUGGAUGCAGUGUCCUUGCCCACUAAUGGACCUGCAUUCAGUUUAACGCUGCUUACAAACGAAUCGCUCCAAGGUGCAGACAAGCCGUUAGUUCAUGCAUUUGCAGUGCCAGCAGAUUUAGCAAGAAAACAAAGACACAGGGCAGUUGGACGAUGGCCGAGUGCACUGGGAUCUCCACUGCAUUCUGCACCCAAUCUCUCUAUUCUAGGCUUUGAAAGUAUUUCUCAGCGAGUUACGCUGGAUCCAUCAUCCAUUUUACCUGAUCACCUUAUUCAGCAACGAUCAAUCCCAUCAAAUCUAUUGCUAUUCACGGAUGAUGAGCCGUUGGAUUUGAUGCAGAGCUUAAAUACUUUGUAUCCGAAUGCAACCCAACUUGGUCUUAUUGGAUCUCGCACGCCCUUUUUAACUGGGCGACCAUUUACAUUAUUCAUGAACGAUCAAGUUCUUUCAGGUGGAGCUGUUGGAGUCUCAUUUUCACCAUCUAAUAGAAACAAGAGUGACACAACUCCAUCCGAAUCGGCACUGUCUCGCAUGGAGCUCUUGUACAAAAACUACACACCCAUUUCUUCUCCCAUGGUCAUUUCAAGGUGUAGAGGAAAUAUUAUACUUGAACUCAACGAAAGAAAUGCUACAAGAGAGUUACUACUCAAACUUCAAGAAUCAAACACAUCAAAAACGUUGGAUUACAAGAUCUAUGUACGAGUAAAAGAUCCACAAUCUAACGCAGUUGGAAUUUAUCUACUUAGUGGGGGAGAUCUGGCCAAAGGAACAUUAGCAGUCGAUACAGUUCAUGAUUUAAAAAAAGGUAUGCAGAUUGAGCUUUUGCGAAUCGACCACACUUUAGCUAUUCAAUGUGCAGAUUCGAUUGCCUCGAUACCGUCUAUAUUGGAGUUUACGACUAUUCCAGAGAAUGGAGCGCAUAAUAACGAUCCAAACUCCAAGGAGAUGAUCAGCAAUGGUGUGCAUCAUCCAGUGUCUGCACACAACACAACGCACACUUCAGAAUCGCCCACUUUGGUUGGUAUGAGUGAACUUGGAGUGUUAUGUGUUGAUUCAAAACACGUAUUGGGCAACUGGCAAGUCAUCAACACUCCUUAUGCUCAUGCUCGUUUUUUAAAAUAAAUAUACCAUUUUGCAAUGAGA